AUAGACAUACCCCAGGUUUAUUCUGAUUCCCCUUCUUCUGCUGGGGACCCUAUGUCCCUGAUUGAUGAGACCCAGUACCUGGCACUACCUGGCGUCCCUACCUACAGCAACAUGGAGCUAGCAAGACCCUGGACAGCAGCCAGUGAAUUGCAAAUCCGCCUGUCACAGUGCUAUGAGGGUGCUGAUUUCAUGAAGGAAGUAAAGGCGCGGCUGGUCUGGUUUGGCCCAAACCCUUCAGAUGAGGUGGUCCAUCAAGUGAUGCACCAGUUGAGUGCUGAGAACCAAGACGCACAGAACUAUGA